AGUGAUGCGAUACCCAUAACAGUAAAAGCUUCCUGUACUCUUGUCCUGUGUUACUGAAGAAAAUUGUGCUAAUGAAACAAGGCUGGACAAAAGUUUUGGCGACAUAUCAGUGCGCUGAAGAAAUUCAUUUAAACAACGAUAGAAAAUUUCAAGAAAGUCUUAAAGAAAAGCGAAAUACUUCAAAGCCAAAAAUGUUAAGAAUCGCAGAUCCCAGAGAUCUGGCAGACAACAGAAGGCGACGGAAAGAAAUUGCAACAAGAACGUCCAUCAAAGUAUCUGAUCCUCGAGACAAUAAAGCUUUCCACAAUUCUAGUCGUACAUCUUCAAAAUUGCCGAAAACCACUUCACCAAAGUUUGAGUCAACAGCUACCGGGUGCUCUUUGCCUCCACCUGAUACAAAAAGAAGUUUCAAUGUGCAAUCUAGAAAGAGAGCCAUAACUUUCUCAGAAUAUGUCGUGGUUCAUAGAUAUUAAAAUUCUCAGUUUGUGAAAGAAAAUUCGUUAUGCAAAAAUGAUUUCAUCAAUUGAACUUUUAUUUUACAAUAACUCAUCAUCAUUAUUAUCAUUUUUGCAGUAAGUUGGGGAAAACACCCGAAUGACCUUUAUAUAUUCAUUUAUUGCAAUUUGUUUCUUUAUUCCACCUAGCUCAGGGGCUGUCU